AUGGCUCGUGUUUUAGUUGGUGUUAAGAGAGUUAUUGAUUAUGCAGUUAAGAUUCGUGUGAAACCAGACAAGUCAGGUGUAGUGACUGAUGGAGUGAAGCAUUCAAUGAACCCAUUCGAUGAAAUUGCAGUUGAAGAAGCUGUAAGGAUGAAAGAAAAGAAGUUGGCUAGUGAAGUUAUUGCAGUUUCUUGUGGCCCCGCUCAAUCACAGGAAACUUUAAGAACCGCUUUAGCAAUGGGUGCUGAUCGUGCCAUUCAUGUAGAAGUUGCAGGUGCCGAGUAUGAAACAUUACAACCCCUCCAUGUGGCAAAAAUUUUAGCUAAAUUAUCACAAGAUGAAAAAGCAGAUCUAGUGAUUGUUGGAAAGCAGGCCAUUGAUGAUGACUCCAAUCAAACUGCACAAAUGACUGCCGCUUUUCUUGAUUGGCCUCAAGGAACAUUUGCCUCAAAGGUGGAAAAAACUGAUACUGGUUUGCAAGUAACUCGUGAAAUUGAUGGAGGUCUUGAGACGAUUAAGAUUAAACUACCUGCAGUACUUAGUGCUGAUCUUAGGCUGAAUGAACCCAGAUAUGCCACACUGCCUAACAUUAUGAAAGCCAAGAAGAAGCCCAUGAAGAAAGUUAGUGCUAAGAAUCUUGGUGUAGACCUGACUCCAAGAAUCAAAGUGAUUAGUGUGGAGGAUCCCCCCGUCAGACAGGCAGGUUCUAUAGUGCCCGAUGUGGACACUCUUAUAGCUAAGCUUAAGGAAGGUGGACAUGUU